ACGAAAUGCUAAUACAAAGGUGUACGUAUUUCCAUAUUCCCUCAAAAAAAGAAAAAUCCUCACCGAUUUCCCCCUUCACUCCAAGUCUUCCGGUCAGUGGGCAAGUCAAAAAUGAAAAGCCUACCGAUUUGUCCAAAUUCGAAACCUUUUCUUCGUAAUUUCCUCUCCGGUGUCGUUCCCGUCCAUUAUCUCUCAGAUUCUGAAUGAUUCGAAGGCCUAAUUUGGUGAUUGUUCAUAGAAUUUUCUCGCGAUCUCUCUAUUUUGGGGGCGGAAAUUUGGUUGAACUUGAGAAUAUUCAACCUAGCGGAGUAAGCUGGUUUCUUCUGAAUUCGUAACAAAAAGGAAAAGUCUAUCGGUUUUUCCCCUAUUGCUUUAGAUCUGUAACCGAUAAUUUACUUGCAAUUUGUUUGGGUUUUGGAAGAAUUCGCCAAAAUUACUUGCAAUUUUGUCACUUGAAGAUCCAGACUGAUGGACAUCACAUACUUUAAAAUGAAAGGUGGAUAGUAAAUGGGUGUUUGCUUAGCUUAGCCUUGAUUUCUAGGAGUUGUUUCUGUGUGCUGCUGAAUUUGCUGGUAAUCUUCCAUCCUUCAAAUGGAUCCAAGUCAGAGCAAAAUUUACUACUGUUCUGUUUCAAGGGGCGAACGUAUGCUCUAUGUGUAUAGUAGUGGUGACCAGGAGAUUGAGAAUUUAGCUGAUUUAUGCUUGAAAAGUGCCCCUCCUUAUCACAAGUGGUAUUUUGAAACGUUGGGUAAAAAAACGUUUGGGUUCUUGAUGAAAGAAGGGUAUAUUUAUUUUGCAAUUGCUGAUGAAGUUAUAGGUAAUCAGGCUCUUCUCCAGUUUCUAGAGCAGUUAAGAGAUGAAUUCAAAAGGGUAGCAAAGAAAGGUUCACGAGGGAGUUUCUCAAGUAUGAACUCCAUUAGUCUGCAAGAACAGCUAGUGCCUGUAAUUUGUAAGUUAAUCACCUCAUUGGAGAAUGUCUCCCACAAUAGUAAGGAUUGGAUGGCUGAAACUCCCUCCUCAAACAAUGGUCUGUCUCCAUCUCCGAGUAAUGUGAAUGGCCAAGUGGACAUUUUGGCUUCCACGAAAGCCCCUCUGCUCGGGAAAUCGAACAAACCAGAGAAGAAAAAGGGAAAGGAUCAUGUGGUAACGAUGAGAGGUAUUGAGAUGGAGGAGCAUAGAAAAUCUACAGAUAGAGGUUUGAAGAUUGAUUCAGUCUCUUUGGAAUCCAGUAAUCAGGGUGGAUCGGGGUCUUCAAUUCCGGUGCAGAAAGACAGUAAUCCAUUGAGGAGAUCAAACUCUCAAAGCAUCCGUAGAAGAUGGUGGCGUCAUGUGAGGAUCGCGCUUGCUGUUGAUGCUGUUGUAUGUCUGAUAUUGUUUGUCAUUUGGUUGAUUGUCUGCAAUGGUGUUUCUUGUGUUCGCUGAGAGUUUUAUCUUUUUGUAUAUGGAACUUGAAAGAUGAAAUGGGGGAGAUUAGAAAGGGUCAAGGGAGAUAUGUUAAUGAGGUUAAAGUGUUUCUGAAGGGCCUUGACUGAGUUCACACUUCUGAAAAGUUGACAGCAGAAUAAAAAAAGUUGUAAGUAUAUGCAUACGAAUUGUUAAUAGGUAUGAUUAUUCAUAUACUUAUUGCUAUUAUAUUUUAGGCUCUCACUUCUGCGGAUUUCUUCAACUUAAUAGUUACUUUUGCUGCGAUAUCUGUUUUGGGUUCUCAAUUGAUAAUGAUAUUUCACUUGUUAAUAA